GCGGCGGCGCGGGGGAUGCUGGGAGCAGCUCGGCUUCCUCUCGCCGGACCAACCCGUGUGCGGGACGCGACGGCGCCGUAAUAAUCAUGGUGUAACCAUGGCGCGCCAGAGCCCGCCGUCGAGCUUCGCCGUUUGACGACGGGAAUCCCGACGCGGCGCUGUUCAUCGUCGAUGGCAGCGUGAGGAGACGCCGGGAACGCGCGUCCGCGGCCUGCGUGCGCGGGAACCAUCAUGGAGCGCGCGGGGUUGCUGGUGGACAUUCCUUGCUGUGCCUCCUGUGGUGCCUUGGGCAGGAUACCCAAUUUGAUGUGGAGCCAGAAGUCAAGCCCCCAGCCUCUUCUGGAUGUAGAAGAGGACGAAGGGGACUCUGUGGGGUCCGCUCAUAACCACACCCACAUGAAGAAAGCGUUCAGGCUGAUGAACGACCUGCGGAGCAGGAGGAUGCUGUGUGACGUGCUGCUGCUGGCCGAGGAUGUAGAGAUCCCCGCACACCGAGUGGUGUUGGCCUCCUGCAGCCCGUACUUCUGCGCCAUGUUUACAGGGGAUAUGAGCGAGAGUAAAGCCCACCAGGUGGAGAUCCGUGACGUGGAUGGGCAGACGCUCCGCAAGCUGGUGGAUUACAUUUACACGGCUGAGAUUGAGGUGACUGAGGACAAUGUUCAGGUGCUGCUGCCAGCUGCCAGCCUCCUGCAGCUGAUGGAUGUCCGCCAGGCAUGCUGUGAUUUCCUGCGCACCCAGCUGCACCCCACCAACUGCCUCGGCAUCCGUGCCUUUGCUGACCUACACGCCUGCACCCAGCUUUUGGGCCAAGCACACGCCUACGCGGAACAGCACUUCUCAGAAGUGAUGCUGAGUGAGGAGUUCCUAGGCCUCUCCCUGCAGCAGGUCUGCUCCCUCAUCUCCAGCGACAAGCUCACUGUGUCCACCGAGGAGAAGGUUUUCGAGGCCAUGAUCUCGUGGAUUAAAUACGAUAAGGAAGCCCGCUUGGAGCACAUGCCAAAGCUGAUGGAACACGUCCGGCUGCCCCUGCUCUCUCGUGACUACCUGGUGCAGAUCGUGGAGGAGGAGGCGCUCAUCAAGAACAACAGCACCUGCAAAGACUUCCUCAUCGAAGCCAUGAAGUACCACCUGCUGCCGGCAGACCAGCGACACCUCAUCAAGACGGACCGCACCCGGCCGCGCACUCCUGUCAGUCUCCCCAAGGUGAUGAUUGUGGUAGGUGGUCAGGCCCCUAAAGCCAUCCGCAGCGUGGAGUGCUAUGACUUCCAGGAAGACCGCUGGUACCAGGUGGCCGACCUGCCGUCCCGACGCUGUCGAGCAGGCGUGACGUUCAUGGGAGGCCGCGUCUAUGCCGUGGGGGGCUUCAAUGGCUCCCUGCGGGUGCGCACCGUGGAUGUGUACGAUGCCAUGCGGGACCAGUGGAGCCCUGUGCCCAGCAUGCAGGAGCGACGCAGCACCCUAGGAGCGGCUGUGCUGGGCGACCUGCUGUACGCCGUGGGUGGCUUUGACGGCAGCACAGGCCUGUCCUCGGUGGAGGCUUACAGCUACAAGACCAACGAGUGGACCUUUGUGGCUCCCAUGAACACGCGACGCAGCAGUGUCGGUGUUGGUGUGGUUGAUGGUAAGCUGUAUGCUGUCGGGGGCUACGAUGGGGCAUCGCGGCAGUGUUUGAGCACGGUGGAGCAGUACGACCCUAUUAGCAACCAGUGGUGCUACGUGGCUGACAUGAGCACCCGGCGCAGUGGAGCAGGGGUUGGCGUGCUCAGUGGGCAGCUCUACGCAGCGGGGGGGCAUGAUGGCCCUCUGGUCAGGAAGAGCGUGGAGGUGUAUGACCCCAGCAGCAACAGCUGGAGGCAGGUGUGCGACAUGAACAUGUGCCGGAGGAACGCUGGAGUGUGUGCCAUCAAUGGGCUACUGUAUGUGAUCGGGGGGGACGACGGCUCCUGCAAUCUGUCCUCAGUGGAGUUCUACAACCCUGCCACCGACAAGUGGAGCCUUCUCCCCACAAACAUGAGCAAUGGGCGGAGCUAUGCAGGUGUGUCAGUCAUUGACAAACCUUUAUGACAAAGGGCUAUGGGUGGCCACGCAGAAGAGCCACCCCAGGAGCGUGAAGACGUGGACAUCUGAUGGGACUUUUGGGUAGCUGCAAACACUGUGUGGACAGCCUGGACUGAGCACCCAUUUGCACAGGGUUCUCACAUGUGUUAUGGGACAUCUUUCUCACGCCAAACUUCAGUUUCUCUUCCGCUGGGACAGAUACGUUGUUGGAUGUAACCACACACACAGAUGUGGGUUAGUGGAGCACAGAAGAGGUGUAAACUGAACAUGUGACAGGAAAACAGUCCAGGGCUGAAGGACGACACUGGCCAAACAAACGCUAAAUGAGCGGGAGACGAGGUGGACGACUGACUUGCGCGCCAACAGAAACUGCUCACUUUACUACUGAUCUCAGAUGCACUGAGUCUGUCACAAUUUUUUACAUCUAGUCUCAUGUGUGGUGGGGUAGGUAGGUUGUCCCCACACGGAGGAGCAAAGAGGAACAGCAUGCACAGCGGCCCUGUGGAUGUUCACCACGCGGAAAUACCUUACGAGUAUAGCCAGGCAGGGGAGUGCAAGGUUCUGAAGGUGCAGAGGAGGUAUGUUAGCAAGCAGCCGAAAGUGACCAGGCAGAAUUAUUUUAAUAAAACCAUAAGGUAGUUUAUUUUUUGAUCUGUAAGAGGCAAUAUGAAGGAAGAAUGAUGCAUCACAACAGUGAGGAAAGAAGCAGGUGAUUAGUGUAUAAAAUAACCAAAUCUGAGGUAAUCCACCAAAUGGCACAAAAUUAGAUGACUCAAACUUUAUUAAUCACAAAGGAAAUUGCACUCAUCCCAACAUAUUUAUAUGUUAUAAGGAGUUGUGGGGAGAGAGUUCACUGGAGUCCAGAGGGACUACAGUCAUACAUCAUAACAAGGCACUGAAGAUUAUUAAUUUAGAGGUGACUGUGUCUUCCUGCUACAAAAAGACUUUUAUACUGGAGGCCCAAAACUGACCAAGGACUGGUGUUAAUAUAUGGAAUGACUAUUAAAGAUAGAAUUUUGUUAAUGCAUGAAAAUGCUGUUCUUUACCAUUUCAAGGUUUCUCACUGGUGCUAACAUUGUUUCAAUUCGGGUGUAAGGUGAGCCGGUAUUUAACAUUUGCUGUGAUAGGUCACUUGCUGCCUUUCCCAUCUUGUGAAAAAUCAAGUGAAACAGGAAGAGCUCAUUGCUAUGGAAACAAGACUAGCCCAGGAACAAGACCAUGAGCCAAUGACCUUGACCAUGAUUGGCUACUAAACAUGCCAGGGUACUAUGUGUGGUCCUUGUAUUUUGUACAUGUGAAGUUGUGCCUUAAAGCUAACAUUUAAAUCAGAGUGGAAACUUUCCAAGUCCUUAUGAAGCAGGGUUUUUAAAAAAAAAAAAAAAAAAAAAAAAAAGAGACAGCUGGGGAAAACUGGGCAGUUGGUGUGAUUCAUGUAAAUAGUGCAAUGUAGUGGGUAAGAGCUGAGAUGCACCACCGCUGGAGAACUUCAGUGAAGUUCAAGUGAAUGUGGAGACGUGCAGUAAGAGACGAACCACACGGGGGCAGUAAAGAUACACUGUUACACAGCAGUGGCAUCUCAGCAGCCUGGGGAGAAGUGUGUUCAGAGAUGGGCUGAGAGCCAGCGAGGGUGAAGUUCUCGUGAACGUGCGCACGGGACAGGACCCAACACACACCUCCAUGGCCUCCAGUUUUGUGUGCUGGACGGUGGAAAGAUGCUCAGCCCCCCCCAACUAGACACUGCCGAGUACAAAAAAGGUGUAGCCACAAAUGUGAAUUACACCGUUACUUUAUUGGCUGCAUUUCAAUAUUCUUCAUCAUUACCGACAAACUAUCAACAAGGCUACGUGGAAAAACAAGCAUUCACAAACAUUUAUAAAUACAGUUAGAUGUAAAAACAGCUACAGAUGCACAAAGUGGGGGUGCAGCGGAUAUUACGAGUCGCCUGCUCAUGCAGUCGGUCCUCGACACCUCCCCUGUCGGCCGAGGAUACGGAAACAUGCGUGGGAAGGUGUUUGGGACGUCAACAAGGUAAGUGUACGUCUUAAACGCCCGUCUGUUUGAGGCGGUUCUCAAGCACCUGCUCAGGCACAACGGUAACAAGAGCAGGAGAUGCAUCACAUGGACUCAUAACAUACAAAGUUUAAAGUGUUUCGGACCUUCCUGAACACGGCUAUAAACAUGGCCCAACAGUGUUUUGGUUCCAAAGAAAUUGUGUUCGUUUCCCCCCCAAGCAAACCCCCAAACACACACACACACAAAACACUACUUAGAAAAAGAGGAGAAGCCUCGCAGGACUUCACUAUGGUAAAACGGCAGGUACAGAUCAGCACAACAAGCCUUCGUAAAAAAUGUUCACAAACUAUACUGAAAAAUGCACAUUGAUAGCAAAGGCCGUUUUCCACUGAUAUGAUACAGGCCUCGGAGCUCAUUUAUUGCUUCGCGUUCAUGGCACAGGAACAGAAACAGUUUUGCCAUGCAAGCCCACAGCACUGGAUCUAGCUCAUGAAAAUGGCAGACGGGACGGCGCGUCCACGCGGCGCUACAAUGAAGGGGAGCGCUGGCUGGGAGCGAGCGGAUACAAAAACGAGAAUUAGAAAAUGGCCAUUAAAAAAGAAGAAACCCUUAAACCCGACACUCACAGGAAGUGUGGAAAAUGAGCCCAAAUAGCUUAACGACUGUCACCUCCAUACCUCAGAUAUUAGUGCUAGAGCCAAAGGCCCGACAAAAUGAGGGCCGCAUUCCCAGAAUGCUGUGCAAAUAACCGAUAAUGGCGCCUUUGAAGAAACAAGACCCACUUUUCAGAGCCCCUCAGAACCCAGCUGUCAGUGUGUGACACACCUUCCCACGUAGCUGUCUGCGAGGAAGUCGCCCUCCAGUCUGCCCCUUGUUCAGAUACAAGCCCCGCCCACUUCCCAAACCAACAGCCAGAGCAACUACUUCACACCAGACCCAGUCCACUGGACCGCUCACCAGGACCACAGAUGGGACAUUGCGGAAGCUGAACUUGUCUGAUGGUGGUGAGGCCAUGAGCCCCUUGGUCAACCGCACAAAGCAUGGAGCACCGAGGACCUGGAGCCUAUGAUGCAGUCACACCCCUGCGGUGGCAAUUAUGUCUGAAAUAUUGUGCGCAGAUUUCCUGUCUGGAAGGGAAAAGCUUUGAGGAACAGAGAAAACCAAAGAAGAAACUCACAAGGGACAACUGCAGCCCGGCAACAAUGUGCAGAGAACCUCUCCAGCGCCGGUCCUGCCUGCCGGGCCACAUGCAGACUCAACCCCAACAGGAAGGACCACGGAACACAGGACAGGAAGCGUGAUGAGGCUCAGCCAACGGUAGCGCGACUGCGAUUGAAUGUACAGCUCAGCACAGCUGGACACCUUCGUUCAUACAAACACGCUAACAAGAUGAGUGCGAGAACAGUAAAUCGGGGUGAUUGCAAUGGUGGCAUGGAGGGGUCAAGUGUGAAAAAGACCUCACCGAGGACGGUGAGCACAGGGCACACUGACCAAACCGAGAAGUGCAAUCCCAGAGGGCAGUGGGCAGUGGGUCAGGAACCCAACCUCUGCGCUCAAAUCCAAGUGAAAAGAAUGAAUGAGAAACAACUGGUUCCAAUGAUUAUGGUGCUCCAGAGCACCGCUCCUCCAGAUGGACCACGACAGGCAGAAACACAUCAACUGCAGUGCAGUCACUUCUUAGUGACCCAAAGUCUGAUGUCAGUUUAAAACAGGUGAUGAAAAGCAGUACACAUUUUUGUGUCCAACACAUACACUCACACAAAUUCUUCUAUAAACAAACAGAACAGAACCUCAGUUGAGAGUGAAAAAAUGUGUCUGUAGGCAAAAUGAAACCAACUCGGCGAUAUGUCGAUUGCCUUUUCUCUUGAGUGUUUGCUCUCUGGAUUAAUAUGUAUGCAAAGGGCCAUAAAACAGAAGGCCGUCCAUCCUCGUUUCUCAGUUUAAAAAGGGGGAGAGAAAAAAAAAAAAA